AUGGAUAACGACCCGCGCAAUGUUUUGAUGCUGGGGCAGUAUGCGCAAGCUCCUCCCCAACCAGCGCAAGUACAACAACCACCGGCUCAUCAACCAAUCAGAAUAAUACAACAAUCAAGUGUACCAACGUCAGCUGAUGCCUGUUUGAGUAUAGUACACAGCUUGAUGUGCCAUCGACAAGGAUGGGAAAAAGAACCAUUUGCCAAACGAGCCAUUGAGUCACUGGUUAAAAAGUUAAAGGAAAAAAGAGAAGAAUUAGAUAGUCUUAUUAUAGCUAUAACCACUAAUGGCUCACUUCCAAGUAAAUGUGUUACAAUACAAAGAACAUUAGACGGACGUUUACAGGUAGCUGGGCGUAAAUUUUUUCCGCAUGUAAUAUAUGCAAGAAUCUGGCGAUGGCCAGAUUUACAUAAAAAUGAACUCAAGCACUUAAAGCAUUGUCAAUAUGCUUUUGACAAAAGAUGUGAUUCUGUGUGUGUUAAUCCAUAUCAUUAUGAACGGAUUAUGUCGCCAAUGAUAGAUUUAAGUGAUCUAACGCUACAAUGUGGUACAUCUACCAAUGGUUCUGGCCUAAGAGAUGAGUAUACAGCUGGUGAGGAAGGAAUGUCUCGCUCGCCACCUGAUUUUAGCAGUUCCAAUAUGGACAGUGAUGCAUCUGGUAACAGCCCAGCUGCAAUUGUGCAACAUCACCUACCACCUUUAUAUCGCCAACAAAACCUAGCCACUGAUGUUUCUCAACAAUCAGCUGUCCCUCAAGCUUCUGGAGAUAUUGUUGUUGGUUUGUUUGGGCCUACACUACAGCAGCAACAACGUCCUAAUCAUCAAAUUGGUUUAAAUUCUCUAGUACAGACUAAGAGUGAAUCAUGUAAGAAUUGGAUUCAAGGUACACCAUCACAUAUACCCCCCAAUGAACCACCAAACAUGCCAUUACAAAAUCCCAGUAUGUUCCCAGGACAAGAGGAAGAUAUUUUAUUACCUAGUCAAACAACAAUGACACCUCAUAAUUAUCAAGGACCUACCGCCUCGAUGCCUGGUACAAUAGCAGGGGGAGCGGCUGAAAUGGGAUUGAGUGGUUUAUUAACAUCUCAGCCAACUCCUGAAUAUUGGUGUUCAAUUGCUUACUUUGAAUUAGAUACUCAAGUUGGAGAAACAUUUAAGGUUUCAUCUAAUAUCCCUCAUGUCAUUGUUGAUGGUUAUGUUGAUCCCUCUCGUAUUAGUCGAUUUUGUCUGGGAGCCCUUAGUAAUGUUCAAAGGACAGAACAAAGUGAAAAAGCUAGAUUGCAUAUUGGGAAAGGUGUCCAACUAGAUCUAAUUGGAGAAGGAGAUGUUUGGUUAAAAUGUCAGAGUGGUAAUUCAGUUUUUGUGCAGUCAUAUUAUUUAGAUACAGAAGCUGGACGAGCGCCUGGAGAUGCAGUUCAUAAAGUUUAUCCCCAAGCAUACAUUAAAGUUUUUGAUCUUGGACACUGUUAUAGACAAAUGUGUGAACAAGCCGAAACAGCCCAAGCAGCAGCUAUCACUCAAGCAGCAGCUGUUGCAGGACACAUAGCAGGACCUCAUAAUGUGGGAGGUAUUGCUCCAGCUAUAAGCUUGAGUGCUGCAGCAGGUAUUGGAGUAGACGAUUUAAGAAGAUGGUGCAUAUUAAGAUUAAGUUUUGUAAAAGGUUGGGGUUCCGACUAUCUACGGACUAGCAUUAAAGAGACACCAUGCUGGAUAGAAGUUCAUUUACAUCGAGCUUUACAACUUUUGGAUGAAGUGUUACACUCAAUGCAAAUAGAUGGUCCAUCAAGAGCUUGA